AUGACAAGUCUGAUCACCACGACCGUCCAGCAAAUUCGGGUCAAUCGUUACCAUCCCCUCAUCAAGGAAACCUAUCGCGGUAUAGCCGCACCCCAUUACACGUCAGGAACGGUUACAUGGCCAGUGGUGGGGAAUACCACGCAGCCAAAGGGGUCACAGCGAGCUCGACAAACCGAGACAGAAUCGGGGCCUUCACAAGGCGAAUCAUCCACGUCGCACCCUGUGCCCGACAUGACCGCGACGAUAUUCAAGAAGCCGGCACUCCCCGUUCAACGUGACACGUAUCAUUCGGCAAAGAACGAUGGACAAACUUCCGAUCCGACAACAAGCGCCUCCGUUCCCAGCAUCGAAGAGCUUUCCGCAAUGCCGCUAAUGAAGGAACUCGAUAAUGCCCGGGAAGCCUUAGUCGCAAGGGAUGCUCGUAUUGCAGAGCUCGAAGGUACUGCUGGCACAACAGGCCGAAAGCGUGUAAGGUUCGAGCACUAG